AUGGCCGUUUCGUCUCAUGUCCCUACAACACUCUCACUCUCACCACUACCAUCUUCAAAUUCAACCAGAAGCGACAAUAACAAUAACAUUCAUCGCGUUUCAUUUUCACCCAUCGCGUACCCUAAACUCUCCCAUUCAAAUCCACCAACUCUACUUCCCGUCAAAUCGUCCAAAUACAACGUGCAAAUCCUAGUCGAAGAAGACGAACCCGGUGAUAUAUUCACCAGUCGUUUCAGAAAAGAGGUUCGUAAGGCUGGAAUUUUACAGGAGUGCAGACGCAGAAGAUUCUUCGAGAAUCCAAUUGAUAAGGCCAAAAGGAAACGCCGAGAAGCUGCCAAAAGAAACCGUAGACGGAGGCGAUAUUUUAGAACUCCUGUACCUGAUUCUUCAAAUAAGGAAAAGGUCGAUGAUGGUGAAGAAGAGGAUAAUUGGGAUCUAUCAGAUGUAGGUCUUCCUAAUACUUGA